CUAUCGUUCGAUACCCUGUGGGCAAUUUGAGAGAGACCCCCAUACAAAAUUUUGGCCUUGUUCUCGCUUUGUUCUGGCUUUAGAGGUACAACCAAAACAAGGCGAAAUGAACUACACGAUCGUGACGUCAUUAGUGUUUUGAUUUAUUUCUCUUCAAAAUGGUACAGUGGUGUUCAAAAAAAAGUAGUAAGACGACGAAAUUUUUUUUUUCACAACAUUUUAUUAUCACUUUUUAACAAUAUUUCACACAGUAAAUUCAUUUUAAGUUUCCAUAAACACUUUAUAACACUCCAGUUAACUGCUAGUGUGCUCCAAGGUGUCCUCAAUCAGCGAUUUUUCGUUGCAUCGAAAACACGGCGAGAUGAUAGUACUCCUUAAUUCCGCUCGAAAUGUGGUGUUGAACUGCAAUUAAAAUCAUUAUUAGCAAGUAGCUGACAUAACACUGCUAAAUUCAACACAUUUACCUACCUUUUAUAAAGAAUUGAAGCAAAUAUAUUGCAUUUUAUCGAUGGCUUCUCGGCACGCGUCUUUCGCUGCAAAACGAUAGCACAAAUUGAACACGAUCUACGGCGUCGCUACCUGUGUGCUUGCGUAUGUGCACUUCUCCGCUCGUUAUCGCUUGACCCCUCCGCUAAGCCAUCCGCAACGGACCCACAAACUCGUGCGCGCCGCGCUUGUCAAAUAUAGAGUGUGGGCACAGUGCGGGAAGACGGAGGUAGAGCGUCGCAGGAGACGGUUCAUUUCAACAGCGAAGGACUAAAAGAAGGAGCACGAGCAUUUUUCAACUGAAGGAGAGACAGAGUCGACAUGCUAAAAUCGAGUGAAUUUGAGUACCUUUGCCCACAGGGUAUAUCGUCAGACGGUUUCUUCCUUAGCUCUUCUUCGUCUUGCUUUGCUUUUUUAUGCCUGGCUAUACAUUCACAUUUUCUCUCGCACUCAAUCUUGUGUCUUGUUUUGAAAUAACUGCCACCAUUAUUGUUUUCGCUUGUGUUUCGACAAGUGUUUCAUCAUGUAUGCUAAAAAACUGAAAAAAUCAGGACAAUUAGCCAAAAUCCGAAAAGCUAAUGAAUCCAACUUUCAACGUGAAUCAAAUUCAUCAGAUCCACCAAGUAAGAUAUCAAUGGUAAUUGAAUUAGAGUGCCAUACAUUCAUUUUUUUCGUUUGUUUGUUUGUGCAGUCGUUCCCACAACAUCUGAUGAUAUCAUCGAAGAAGCCGUCGAGAAUAAUAAUGAAGUUCUUUUGGACGAAGAUGCUGGAGAUUCUAGCGAACCAUCCGACGACGGUGAACCAGAAAUUGCUUUCGGGAACAAACCGUUUAAAGAUUUACUUCGGCUGUGGGCACUUUCCUACAAUGUUCCGCUGAAAACUUUAACCGCGCUGCUAAAACUACUGGACCACAGUACUGAUUUCAACCUCCCUAAGGAUGCGAGAACAUUUUUAAAAACGCCAAUUUUGAUAUCCAAUCAAAUCGCAAAUGUUGCUGGCGGGCAGCUGUGGUACUAUGGGGUAGAAAAAUGCUUACAGCAUUACUUCGGCAAAGAGACACCUGCAACAAGUUUAAUUGCUUUAAACUUGUCAAUGGAUGGAUUGCCCUUACACAACAGUGGACCGACUGAGAUGUGGCCUAUACUUAUGUCCUUGCCUCAUUUGAAACCAAUGCCAGUGUUGGUUGUUGGAAUCUAUUGUGGGUCAUCAAAGCCAGAUAAUGUUGAAAGUUAUCUUAGGCCGUUGGUUGAUGAAUUAAAUUUUCUUCUGGAUCAAGGCACAAACAUCAACGGAAAACUGGUCGACAUUCAGUUACAUGCCAUUAUAGCUGAUUCUCCGGCACGAUCAUUUCUAAAGGGAGUCGCAUAUCACGGUUCAAGGCAUGGCUGCAUGAAAUGCAAGAGCAUCGGAACACAUUUGAAAAGCGCCAGAAAGGUUGUGUACCAAAGCGUGUGUGCAGAUCUCCGUACUGAUAAAGAGUUUCGAGAUGGUGUGUAUAAGGAGCAUUAUAGAUGUAGAAGUCCACUAUUAGAUCUCAAUGAUUUCGAUAUGAUUUAUAAUUUUGUAGUUGCAGACUUACUUCAUCUAAUAGAUUUAGGAAUAGUCAGAAAAUUAUUAUGGGGUUGGGUAUUUGGCACCCUAAAGCCAUUUAAAAAAUUGAAACCUUCUAAGCAACGCAUGAUAUCGGAGCAACUGAUAAAUAUUAAAUUCCCAAGCGAAAUGAAUCGGCAAUUACGAUCUUUGCGUUAUUUAAAGUAUUGGAAAGGAAAAGAGUAUGGAAACUUUUUCCGUCAUGUUAGCAUUCCGAUAUUAAGUGCCAAUCUCAACACACGAGUUUUCGAUCAUUUCAAACUAUUGUAUGUUGCAGUUAUACUACUGACCUCCAAGACAUUUCAACAGCAUUGGGCAUAUGCAGGUAUCUUACUAGAAAGGUUUGUUGGUCAAUUUGGCAACAUUUACCAUGAACAUCAUGUGACCAGUAACGUUCAUAACUUGCUUCAUGUUUUGGUUGAUGUGCAUAGGUUUGGGCCAUUAAGUGAUAUUUCUACAUAUCCAUUUGAAAACAAAUUAUUUUCUAUCAAAAAAUUAGUCAGGAGUGCUCCUCACCCUCUACCACAAGUUGCUAACCGUAAAGUUGAGCUAAAAGAAGUGGAAGUUGCUACAAAUGAUCCAAAACAUACAUUUCCCAUGAUAAAAAUGAUAAAAGAUGAAGUCAUACUGCAGGUGAAUGAAAACUUUUUACUACGCAAAAAUAAUAAAAACUCAUGGUUUUUGACUAAAGACCACACAAUAAUUCAAUACCAUAGCGCAUCAGAAUACUCCGAUGGUUAUAAAAUAGAGGGUUAUAAAGUUUUGAUAAAAGAAAACACAUUUGAAGAUCCCCUUAUCUCUGAUAUCAUAUAUAAUUAUAAGGCAAAAGUAUCGGAUGUAUCAUCUACAUUAAGCCAUGUAUUAGUUAGCGAUAUUAAGUGUAAAUUAGUGUGUAUAGUCUUAAAUAACGAAUUUUUUUUCACUCCUCUUGUUCAUACUAUUGUAAGUGAUUAA